AUGGCGAUGAAGAAGACCAGUUCCCAGCUCCGGCAGCUUAGCAACCCUCACCUGAUCCUCCUGUUCCUCACAGCAGCAGCAGCAGCAGCCAUGGCGGCCGAGCCGGAGAAGCAGGCGGCCCCCGCGGCGCAGGAGACGGCCGUGCACAUCGUGUACGUCGACCGCCCCGAGGACGCCGACCCCGAGGAGUUCCACCUCCGCACCCUCACCCCCGUCCUCGGCAGCGAGCAGAAGGCCAGGGACGCAGUGCUCUACCACUACAAGACCGCCGCCAGCGGCUUCUCCGCGAAGCUCACCCCGCAGCAGGUCGAGGAUCUCAAGAAGCAACCAGGUGUUCUCCAGGUUGUGCCGAGCCAGACUUACCAGCUACAUGGUCCUGUCUCGCACAGGCUUGCGCGUCCAUUCAGGCUUCAGCGACGAAACGGCUCACGUGUCUGCCCAUCGCUUCCCAACCGCAGCGCAGCGGCGAGAUCGACCUCCUCAAUCGGUGACGACCUUUCCGUGUCGAUCCCCCAACCCAAACUGAUGGAGGCUGCGGUCUCCUCCAGCGCCGGCGAGUCGGCGGGCGAGCUGCUUCUCCGCGCGGCGGCGCUGGUGCCGUGGACGCGCUACGCCCUCGCCGCCGCGCUCCUGUACAGGUUCCUGGAGCUCCACUUCCUGGGCGACCUCCUCCGCGGCCUCCGCGUCUCGCUUACCUUCCACCCCGAGUCUCAAGUGUACCACCGGGUCGCCUCCAGGUGCCGCUCGCUGCACGGCAGGCAGCUGUACACUGUUCGUGAUGGUGGGACCAUUGCCUUAGAUUGGUUACUAGCCUCUGAUCUUGAAGCUGGAGAUGUUGGCACUUGUGAUGGAACCAUUUCUAAGGAUGAUUCAACACCCCUUCUUGUUGUGAUACCUGGAUUAACUAGUGAUUCUAGUGCUGCUUAUGUGAAGCACUUGGUCUUUUUUAUGGCAAUCAAAGGAUGGAAUGUUGUUGUAAGCAAUCACAGGGGUCUGGGUGGCAUCUCCAUAACAUCUGAUUGCUUUUACAAUGCCGGGUGGACGGAAGAUAUGCGUGAAGUUGUUAAUUUCCUUCAUCAAGAGUAUCCGAAGGCUCCACUAUUCACUGUUGGGACAAGCAUAGGUGCCAAUAUUGUGGUCAAGUACCUUGGAGAAGAAGGUGAAAAUACACCUGUAGCUGGUGCUGCUUCUAUUUGUUCUCCCUGGGAUCUGCUGGUGACCAACAGAUUUAUUUCACGCAAGCUCGUGCAGCGAUGUUAUGAUAGAGCUCUUGCGAUUGGUCUCAAAGGAUAUGCAAAACUACAUCAACCAGUCUUGGCACGACUUGCAAACUGGGAAGCUAUUACAUCGUCACACUCUAUCCAGGAAUUUGACCACCAUGCCACUUGUGUUGUUGCGAAAUAUGAGACAGUGGACACAUUCUACCGCAAGUGCAGCAGUGCAAAUUAUAUCAGCAAUGUGUCAGUUCCCCUGCUUUGUAUCAGUGCCUUAGAUGACCCCCUCUGCACAAGGGAGGCCAUUCCCUGGGAUGAAUGCAGGGCAAACAAAAACAUUGUAUUGGCAACUACACCUAAUGGCGGACAUCUUGCUUUCUUUGAAGGCCUAACUGCUAGAAAGCUUUGGUGGGUACGGCCUGUUUCCGAGUUCCUCUGUGCUCUGCAUGAUGGCCCUUACAUGCAUCAGCAGAAGGCACAAGAGCAUGAUUUGCACUCAUCGUUGGAAUCAUCAAUUGACAAGAGCCCAUAUGUGAAUUUCAUGGAAGACGGAAUGGUAGCUGCAGUAACAAAUGAUGGUCCUAACAACGGUGACUCCUUGCAUAACGAGAUUUUUGGUGAAAUUGAACUCAACGAUAGCAUGGUUGACCAACACGUCCAACAGAAUCAAAACACCGGAGCAAUAAAAAAUGAAAGUUACAGUUGGGUGGAUGAUAAAAACAGCUCAGAAGGGAAUGCGAUGACUGUUCAAGCCCAUGGAGGAUCUCAAGAACAGCGAGAAGAGCCAUAUGCGAACAAAAUCUGUGAAGCCAUUGAUCCUGUUAAGAAAUCCAUAAACCAACUCUGUCGAUCCCAGGGGAGGUUUGAUUGGUCCGUGCAUGAGGAUCAUGGUGCUAUCGGUCCUUUCCUUCUAGCAGAGCCAACACCAUUGUGUUACUGUGGGUUACCGGCAUUUGUGAAGCAGUUAAGGCAUCCCGCGUCAGCUGGGCGUGCUUUCUACUGUUGCCAACUUAAGCGACGUCCCCCGACACUUGAUGCCUACCUAGAGGGAUGCAACUUCUAUCAGUGGAUUGAUGGCGAUGAAAUGUUCGAGCCAUUGAUUAUGUUGUUUCCUUAUGACCCCUGGAAGAGUGUUCCAUAUGCAGAAUAUGUUCGUUGGGUUGCGCCGCCACCGAACCCUCCGGAAAUGACAGAGGCGGAGAAGGUUGACGCUGCUUUGCGCCGUCUAGCCAAUCCUCCUAGAUGCCAUUGUGGAGUGUCGGCGCGACUAACUACUCUCAGCCAACGUGGAGCAUUCACUGCCUUCUAUCGCUGUGGAUUGCCAGAUUAUAGCGUUCCCAUCUUGUGA